AUGGAUUGGCUUGACUCCUAUUACACUAGACAAUAUCAUGGACGUCUACGUAUGUGUCCCCCUGGUGGAAGUAGCUUCACAAUGGCAUGGUCUAUGGCAUGUACUAUGAGACGGAAAAGAAGUAUAGAUAACAUUCCUAUACCUAUGAGACGUGCUCUGGUAGCUCCUUCUAUUCGACAACUGCAAACCAUUUGUUGCGAUGUCGGCUGUACCGUUAAUGACCUUUUGUCAUAUUGUGGUCCUUUAUCCGGUUGGUAA